AUGACAGUGACAGAAUAUGAGCGGGAAUUUGUGAGACUCAGCAGAUAUGCCUGGGAAUGUGUUUCGACUAAAGCUAUAAUGUGUAAAAGAUUUGAAGAUGGUUUGAAUAAAGACAUUAAGCUGUUAGUCAAGAUUUUGGAAAUAAAAGAGUUUGUGGUACUCGUUGAGCGAGCAUGCAAAGCUGAAGAACUUGGGAAAAAGAAAAGAAAAGCUGACUUUGAAGCUAGAGAUUCGCGAAAAAGAUUAUUGAAUAAGUCAUUUCAGUCAGCAUUAAAGAAGUUACGAGAUGAUUUUAGCUGUUCAAAGGCUACUCAAGAUACAGUGCAGAAUACAAGGUCGAGUACCACCGUAGCUAAAGGUAGACCACCCAAAAGCAUGGGUAAUGUGAGUGGUAGCCAGAAGGGAACUAAAGACACUACUGCUAGAUCAGAAGCCCGCGCACCUGCCAAAGCUUAUGCUAUUCGCGCUCGUAAAGAAGCUUCAUCUCCGGAUGUUAUUAUCGGUACUUUCACUCUCUACGAUACUACUGAAGUCAAAGUUGAGCAUCAGGUAUCGUCUGGGUUACUACAGCCAAUUAUGAUUCCCGAGUGGAAAUGGGACAGAAUCACGAUGGAUUUUGUUUUGGGUUUGCCUCUAUCAUCAAGUAAGGAAGAUGCGAUAUGGGUGGUUGUUGAUAGACUGACUAAAUCGGCUCAUUUCAUUUCGGUACACACGGGUUAUUCAUUUGAUAAGCUUGCUGAUUUGUACAUCUAUCGGGUUGUGAGAUUACACAAAGUACCUAUUUCUAUUAUUUUGGAUAGAGAUUCAAGAUUCACAUCGCAUUUCUGGAAGAAACUGCAAGAUACACUGGGUAUAAAGCUACAUUUUAGUGCUGCUUUUCAUUCGCAAACAGAUGGUCAAUCCAAGUGGAUUAUUCAGAUACUCGAAGAUAUGUUGAGAUGUUGCAUUCUUGAGUUUAAAGGUAUGUGGGAAUGA